AUGGUCAAGAGUGGGUCAAAAAAAGCCAAACAACUAUAUAGAUCCUUAACCGACAACACAAAAAACUCUUUUAAUUCCGUAGCUUCAUCAAAAAUUAAUAGCAGUGAUUCCUGCUCCUCGAGAUCUAACGAAAUAUCUGUUUCUGCCUUGAUAGAACAAUCUCGACGAGAAAACGCGUCUUUUGCAAACGCUCAACUUCCUGCCUAUAUCGAACAUGAAUUGGGCGAUCAUGCUUUUUUACCACAACGUGAACAAGAUAAUAACACUGAUGCUGUGAUCCGGGAUCGAGUUUCUUUUGGUCCUGCGCCGCCAAAAAGUUGGCAAUAUGUUUGGCAUAAAAAUCGAGCGGGUAAGCAGGAAUUUGAACAUAAAGAACGGGAAAGGAAAAAACAAGUAUGGGAUGGUCCCUUAAACAAAAGUGGAGAACCAUCACUCGCUGACAUCUGUGCAGAAAUUGUCACACUCAAUAUCAUUAGUUAUAAAUCGCAUUCAUACUUUUCCAAAAUACCAACUCAUCUUAAACAAAAGAUACUCUCCUUGGCAACUUUGCAUCAUCCUUUGGAUGAUCAGUUGCUAUCAUUAUUUGCUCAGGAUCUGGAAUAUGAAGAGCUGGAUCUCGCGAAUAGUACGAUAUCGUUUGAGCGCUUAAAAGAAGCGUUCUGGAAAGUUCCUAAAAAGAGAAAUAGGAGUAACUAUAAAGGAGAGGCAGAUGAAGAGCAAAUUAGCAUCAGCGUUAUUGAUAUUAACAUUUUGUCAUCAUCUUCAGAAGUACUCGUAAUCCAUCAAUCACCGCCCCUACUAUCAACCUCAACCACAAAGUAUAUAUGCACUCUACAAAAUCUGCGUCGUCUGAAUUUAUCUUUCAUUCCAAACAUAGACUCAGCACAAGUGAGCACAUUACUUGUCACAACAUUACCACUCUUAACACAUUUGUCAAUCGCUGGAUGUUUCAAUAAUUUCACUUCAUUAAGUGAUAAUGGGCCUCUUGCAUUAAGUAUUCUGUCAAGAGGGCUCAUUAAUCUUUUGUUUUUGGAUUUGUCUUUUUGUGAUUGGGUCCUUGGGCAAGUAUUGUUGGAUCGUGUGAAUUGGACAAGAGAUUUAAGAUCGUUAAGGGUUUUGGUGGCGAUAGGAUGUGGACCAUGGGGUUUCGAUAAAGAUGUGCUGAUUAGCAAGAUGAAAGCUGGUCGAAGAACAUUUGUAUUUCAAACUGAGUUUCCUGAAUAA